UUUUGGGAAAAUGGAUUACAUAUUAGGAUACAGAAUAAAUUAUUAGACGAGUUAUAAAAUUAUGAGUGUAAAUUUAUCAAUACAUAAUAUGUUCACAUAAAUUCAUAAUCCAUACAAGUAAAUUUCAUUUACAUAAAAUGCAUGAGUUAUAAUAUGGACGUAUAAAUAAAAAUUUUUUUAGUCAUUGUCUGCUCAAACUUGCUCGCUUUUCGAUUUGUUUAAGGAAGUUUAAAAGUAUAUAUUAAAAUGAACAUGGAUUCACCGUAUGAAAAUUGGGACCCAGCACUCACACGUUUGUUGACAUCUUUGAAAGAGGUACAAUCAGGUAGUGAAGAUGUGGCUUUUCUUAGUGAACUGCUGCAGUCUAAGCAGUUGCAUGCCUUGGUACAUGUUCACAACAAAAUUGUGGCUAAAGGCAAGGAUGACAAAUUUUAUCCUCUACUCUCAAAUGCUAUGCAGGUUACACUUGAGGUUUUUGAAGUACUUGGUGAUAAAACUAAAAUUUCAAAAGAGUAUGAAGAGUUACUAAGUUUAUUGCAGAAGCCACAUUUUCAGGCAAUUUUGUGUACGCAUGAUGCAGUUGCUCAGAAAGACUAUUACCCCCAUCUACCUGAUAUUCCACCUGAUACUGAUGAUGAAGAAGAAACUGUAAAGAUUGUACAAUUAGUCAAAAGUGAUGAACCAUUGGGUGGAGCACAGAGUGCAGAACCAAUUGUGGGCGCAACAAUCAAGACUGACGAAGAAACCGGGAAGAUAGUUAUCGCUCGAGUGAUGCACGGAGGUGCCGCUGAUAGAUCGGGACUCAUCCACGCCGGCGACGAGGUCAUCGAAGUUAACGGAAUCAGUGUGGAAAACAAAACUCCGGCCGAUGUCUUGUCUAUAUUACAAAACUCCGAAGGCACGAUCACGUUUAAAUUAGUACCGUCAUUCGGUAAAGGCGGUACGCGGGAAAGCAAAGUCAGAGUCCGAGCGUUAUUUGAUUACAAUUCGUCCGAAGAUCCUUAUAUACCCUGUAAGGAAGCGGGACUCGAUUUUAAGAAGGGUGACAUCCUCCACAUCGUUUCCCAGGACGACGCCUACUGGUGGCAAGCGAGACGCGAAGGCGAUAGAGUUAUGAGGGCGGGGCUUAUACCGUCCAGGGCUCUGCAAGAAGGUCGCAUCAUUCACGAGAGACAGACCGAUCCCCAGACUAUGGAUGGUAAGCCCGCCCUUUGUAGUCCGUCUGCGUCCAGUUCUGACUGUGCCCCGAAAACGCCAUGUUCACCGACGCCGACGGCCACAGCGCUCCUGCCCUGCAAGUCGAUUCCGAAAGUCAAGAAGAUCAUAUACGACAUAACGGAGAACGACGAUUUCGAUAGAGAAUUGAUACCGACGUACGAGGAGGUCGCCCGGCUGUACCCGAGGCCGGGUCUGGUACGCCCGAUCGUGUUGAUCGGAGCGCCCGGCGUCGGCAGAAACGAACUGAGACGGAGGCUCGUCGCUACGGACCCGGAGAAGUACAUCACUCCGAUACCGUAUACGUCGCGUCCUAUAAAAUCAAGCGAACAGAAUGGUAAAGAUUACGUGUUCGUAACUCGGGAAAAAAUGGAACAGGAUAUAACCGAUGGGAAAUUCAUAGAGCAUGGUGAAUACAAGGGCAAUCUUUAUGGGACCGCUGCCGAAAGCGUCGAGACUAUUAUUAAUACUGGUCGUGUGUGUGUGUUGAGUCCGCAUUGGCAGGCCCUAAAGAUGCUUCGAACUCCGCGCCUGCGUCCCUACAUCGUGUUCAUUAAGCCUCCGUCCUUGGAGAGGAUGGUCGAAACGCGGACUGCGGCAAACGCGCGUUCCACAUUCGAUAAGGAAUCAUCCAGAGCAUUCACGGAAGAAGAGUUCACAGAUAUAAUACGGUCGUCCAAUCGUAUUAAUUUCUUAUACGGAUACAUGUUCGAUGAAGAGGUGGUGAAUGAAGAUCUGGCCAGUGCGGUGUCUCAACUACUCAAGGCCGCUUGGAGAGUUCAGUCUGAACCGCUGUGGGUACCUGCUUCAUGGGUCCAGUAAAGAAAAAUCACGCAAUAAUCAAUUAUAUACAAUGUUUUAUCGCUGUUGUCUUAUACAGUGGUUACACAAUGACAAUUAUACAUCAAAUAAUAUGUCUAAAGAUCGUGCUGUGAAAAGAAAAUUUAUUAAUAUACCUAACAAAAAAAAAAAAAAAUUAACAAUGGUAAUUGUUUUAACGGAUGCAAUAAUUAUUUUUGUGAUUGUGUGCAAGCUUUCUUCCUUGUGCUGGCAAACAAAGACUGUAAAUUAAAUCAAGUGCACCCAUCGAACAUAAUAAUAGUAAUAUUUUUAUUAGAUACCGGUAGCUCGUAUGAUCUGUAGAAAAAUAAUAAAAUUUACAUUAUAAAUCACAAAUAGGCAAUAGAGAAAAGUAGUUUUCUUAGAGGAUGGGGGCAUUUUGAGAUAAAUGAAUUAAAAGACUUCAUGAUAUUGACAGUCGAAGGAUUAAGAAGCACGUUUAUUCAUUCACACAUUGAAACGCUUAUUUUCUUAUAUAAGUAGAUAAUAAUUUUUUUAAGUAAUGUUUAGUACAAUUUUUUUGCACACGAUGCUAGUGUUCAUAGCGAUUAAUUAUUCAAAUUUAGUUUCGUAGUUUUAGAAUAUACACGUUGUGUACCUUGAUCUCAAUUCCAAAGGGAAAUAGAAGAAAAAAAAAAUGAAAAAAAAAAACGACUUGCUUACAAUAAAAAGCAUUGCUUUAAGUUUAAGGCUAAAAAUACCUAAGAUAAUUUAUAGAAUGGCUUGUUUUUUAUUGGAAAUAAUUUCAAGUAUUUUUUUGAGAAACGGUGUUCAAUUAAAUUUAAUCGUAUGCACAAAAGUAUACAAAAAAAUUCGUUCCACUUUUAAUAUUAGUAUAAAUAAUCGUCGAAUAAAAAUUGUAUAUUCCUUUAAAAACCUUAGAAAUAAUACGCCGUACAGUUUCUAAAAUAAUAUAUUUAAUUAUUAUUAUUAUUCCUAAACGUUAAGUUUUGAAAGAAAUUAAUUAGUAAAAAAAAACAAUAGUUGAAAUACUAAAAAUAUAAAAUGUUACUCCCAGUUCAUGUACUUUUGAUAAUUAUUAACUACAUUUUCCAGAAACCUGGCACUAUUUAUUGAUAAAUUGCAAUUUUUUUAAAUAAAUAUCUUAUCUUAAAUCUUAAUUAAUAUAGAAAAUCGAAACAACAGAAUCUUGUAA